CAGCACAUAGGUGACGAGCGCUCCACAGCGCCCAGUGUGAGCCCAGGUUGCCGGGGCGGUUCACGCUUUUUUCUCCACGUGCAGUCAGUUCCGCUGAGGGCUCCUGAUGUCUACUGCAGGGUCACUCAAUUUCUGAGUCCUGCUUGGGGGUAUUACAUUGACAUGACAGAACCCACUGAGCCACAGCCUUUGGACACAGGCAACACCAUGGUCCAAGCCAAGCCGAUUUCUGAAGUGCCUACAGGUAAGGCCAAAGCAAAAUCUAAAUACGGCAGGAAGGCUGGUAAGACAAGCGAUAAGAUGGCUGACAGAACACAUAGAGCCCUGGAGAAGCAAUUCUCCCAGGCCCAACGCUUGUCAACUGAACAGGAUUACAUACCUCCUGGUGCAUCCCCACCUGAGACACAUGUACCAUUCACAUCGGGAGUAUGGUCGCCUUUGAGUGCAAUCCAGCAGGUCUCUGAUCAGACCUUUGGUCAGGUGGGUCCACCCAUGCUUGGGGAGGACCUUGAUUUGCCCGGCCCAUCAUCUGUGCCCACUGCUACAUUAAUUCCAACGGCUGCGGGGUCACGACCUCUGCUAGAGCCAUCUUUUUCAACACAGCUCCAGUCAUGGAUAUCACAGGCGGUGAUCCAGGCCAUGGCAUCAUCGGGUAUCCACCAGGCGUCACCAGUUCCUGGUCCUUCCUCUGCACCAGCUUCCUCAUCUCGACCCACAGCGGAUCGUUCAGGGAGAUCUUCAACAUCCAGAUCCCCAAUGGCUUCAGUUGACCGUCUGGCACUUGAACGCCACACCUUGACUCAAGAGUCCUAUUUGUCAGGGGUGAUGGAUAUGAUUCAGGCUGCCAGGAGACCAUCGACUAACCGUAUUUACAACCAUACGUGGAAGAACUUCUGUCAUUGGUGCGACAGGAAUCACGUGAGUCUGUCACAAGUAACCAUCCCCAAGGUGUUAGAAUACUUGCUGGAGGGUGUCAACAAGGGGUUGUCACCAACACUAUCCAUAGACAGCUAAUAGCCCUUUCCACAGUGUUUUCUUGGGACUCUUCAGAAUCCUUGUCUAGACACCCUACAAUCAGAUCUUUCCUAAAGGGAGUUACCAAUAGCAAACUCCCUGUGAUUCAUAGGUAUCCCUCUUGGGAUCUACCCAAAGUCUUACAAGCUCUAAUCUCUUCCCCCUUUGAACCCCUUAGAUCAUGUUCCUUGCGGUACCUGUCGCUGAAGGUUUCAUUUCUGAUAGCCAUAACUUCUGCCAGACGUAUAUCGGAAUUAGCUGCCUUGUUGAUCAGGAAGGACCUGUGCUUGUUACAUGAGGACAGGAUGAUUCUUCGAUUAGAUCCCUUGUUUAUUCCAAAAAUAAACACGGUGUUCCAUAGGACACAAGAGGUUAUUCUCCCAGACUUCUGUCCCCACCCGUCACAUGACUUGGAACGGCAGUGGCACUCUUUAGAUGUGCGGAGAGCUUUGCUCUGUUAUAUCAAACGCACAGCAUCUUUCUGUAAAUCAGAAGCCCUGUUUAUAUCCUUCCAGCCUUCCUCAAUGGGCCAAAAUAUAUGAGCCGAGGUGGCGCAGCAGUUAGAGUGCAGUACUGCAGGCCACUUUAGCUGACUGUGUUCACCAGGUCAGCGGU